UAGCGACGGUUAGCCUUAGAUACGCACAGUCGCGCGACAUCGGUCUUGGCACGAUACUCACGUUUCUUAUCUGACAUGUUUAGCGUCUUAAUUACGAUAGGAAGUGGAAAAUAGAAAUUAUUUUAGUGCAUAGUACUGAGCAAGGUAUCAAGCCUUUUUGAGUUUGAUUCUGCUCGACUGAUAGAAAACACAAUUUAAAGAGAGGAAUGCGAUAAAUUAAAUUGAUUGCACGCCACGUUUAAUAAGCAACAAUGACAUCGCCUGUACAGCAGUUCACAGAUUAUAGCUCCGACGACGGCCAAACAAAGAUUAAAUCUGAGGUAAGGGUGGAGAACAUCGAGAAUGGGGGUAAUGAAACAACACCAGAACAACCUAUGACUGAUCUGUUCAAAGGUCAGGAUAUCAAGCGAUCAGAUACACCAGAGACAUUUCUGACAGAUUAUACAUAUAAGCCAGAUAUAACAUUGCCAUGUGAUCAAUGCAGAGUAUACAUUGACAUAAGGCACCUUAAUCACCAUCGUGAUUAUCAUAAGGCUCUGUUAACUCUGAACUACAAAGGAACCAGGAGACCACAAAACUUGGACUCACUUCUGAAGAAAAGGAAUGCUGCUAUUCACAGACUCAAAAAAGAGACAAGCAUAGACAGCCCUAUAGAGCCAAAGCAGAUUCAGAAGAUCAAUGAAGCAUAUGAGCUUCUCAAAGCAGAUCUUGAAGACACUUUUGAAGUAUGUCGCCAGGUAAGAGAACAUGUUGAUACAAGCUGCAAAACUGUAGCACUAACCUGCAGCCCUGGUUGUGCACUUGCUGUUGGCAUAAGCUCAAGUGCAAAUAAACGCUGGAAUAGUGACAUGGAGGACACACAUGUAUAUCAAGACUGUUUUGGUCAGGAUGCCAGUAAGUGUUAUUUGGGUUUGUUUGAUGGAUAUCAUGGCCACUUUACUGCUGAAGUUGCUGCAAGUCUGCUGCAUAAGAUGUUUCUACAUGAGCUAUGUAAAUCUGACAAAUCAUUGAAGGAAACACAUGUUGAAAACUACAGUGCUUAUACAGAUAUUGCCCAUCAUAGUUUUGUCUUCGGUCCUGAUUCAAAACUGGACCUGAAUUCAAGCGACGAAAGAUUAAAUGAUAAAGAUAAGUGCCAGGAAAAAUCAGCCCAAAACAGUAAGCAUUUACAUGAAAACAGUUUUCACCAUGUCAACAUUCAUCAAGAUGAUGAUGAAAUGACUCAGCAUAUUAUUCAGCUAUGUGAAGAAAAGUAUGAUAAACUGCAGACAGAGUUUCCUUCUUCAACCCUGCAGAAUACAUUGAAAUCAACAGAUGGUAAGACAGAGAAGACACAACAUCCAAAGGCCAAAGAAAUCGCAAAAGCGUUUGACAAGAGCUACCAUCUUCUGGACAUCCUGCUGUCUUAUGGUAAAGAUGAGUGGUCCAAAGUACGUUGGAGUGGGUGCUCAGCACUUACUGUACUGAUAGAAAGUUUAUCUGACAAGACAGAAAACAGUGAAAUGGUUGACAGCAGAAAAGAUACAACAGAAAGAGAGAUGGAAGGUACCAAUGACAAGAAAAAUGAUGGAGAAAAGAUUUUUGACCCACCAAAGGUUAAAGGCUACAUUCACCUUGCAAAUGCUGGCAGUGUUCGCGCUGUGUUAGUGAGAGGCAACAGAGCUUACAGACUGUCACGUGACCACACUCCAGACAAUCCAAAGGAGAGGGAGAGAGUGAUCAAAGCAGGUGGCACCAUAACUUCUAGCUCAAAGAAGAACCAUGUAAAUGGAGUACUGUCAACAACCAGGGGUCUUGGCAACCAUGGUGACUUAAGUUUAAAGAAAUGUGUACUUGUGGAGCCAUAUGCUACAAAUGUAGUGGUGGACCAGUAUGCACAGUUCCUUGUUCUUGGAACAACUGGGAUAUGGGACAUUUUCUCAGACCAGGAAGUGGCAAAUCUUCUCAUGAGACUGCUGCCUGCAAAUCAGAUUCCACCACCACGCAAAAUGUCCAUCUCUGUUGCGGAGCUACUGGGUGUUCAGACAAGCAGACCAGGAAGUGAGCUUGCUUCUGUCAGCAAAAAGGUUCUGUUCAACCCUGAGAGCCCAAAGAACCAAUCAGAGAAGGUGGAAACUGGUUCUGUCAAAAGGCAUGGUAAUUUUCUGAUAUCAGAAAAGGGCAUGAAUGAUGCAGCAGUGACAGAAAAGGUUCAUCCAGAUUACUCUGCAUCAGUGCUGAAUAUACCUGCAGACCUAAAGACAGAAGUUGGCAGCUGUUUAGGAGAUCUAGAGGAUCAAAUUUUGGUGAAACAGGAAGGCAUUGAUAUGCUGUCCAUUCCUGUACAGUCACAUCUUCAACUAGAAGGACAAGGGACAGUGGAAGAACAAGAGAGAGAGCUGGCUCGCAUGAUGGCAGAGCAUCUGGUACAAGCUGCUCUUCUGGCUGGCGCUCAUCACAAUAUAACAGCAAUGGUGAUUCUCUUCCCUGGAUAUAAAAUUUAAUGUUAUUUGAUGUUUUGAUAUCCUUCAUGGAUAUAAAGGAAAUUAAGAUGAUUCUCUGACAUUGUAGGCUACACAUAAGGUCAUAUUAAACAGAUGGAAUAUUUCUUCAUCUUUCUCUCACUCACAUUCAAAUCUGUACAUGCAUACACACUAAUAUGCUUGCUUAAUGCUUUUCACUCAUUACAAAUAAACCCCAUUCUGAUUAAAAUAUUUUUAAGCUUUAAAUUCCAAUGUGACUAGAUUACUUUCAUUUACCUUUGUGUAUCAGUGCCUUUUGUAUCUGCCUAAUUGUCCAGCCUAAUAAUCUUCUUUAAGGAUUUUCAGAAGCAAAGGUCUUUAGGGCUGAUAACUGUUGACCCCUGGCACGCCUGCACAAACUCAAUUUAUCAUAUGCAACAUAUAUAUUCUUCAAGCAUGCCCCAUGUUUGAUGACCUAUGGCAGUGGUUCUCAAAGUGUGGGCCGCAGGCAUAAGUCAGGCGGUCAUAAGUCAGCAAAGUGAUGUUUAAAUCGCCAGAUACGCUAAUUAGUCCAGUACUGAUUUCACAUGAGUUUUGAUGCCCAACUGCUCGCUGGCAUAAAACGCUGGCUUACCAGCUAAGUCUUCAUGUCACAGCAUGGCAUUGGUUCAUUAAGGUGGCAAACCUGCAGAAGAAACUGUUAGGAUCAGCUGUAUCAAUGCAGAAAAUGAUGGCCUAUCACUGCAACUGGUUUAGCUGUCUAGCAUGAAAAACAGCAGAAGAUAAAAAUCAAAGCUCUGUGCAGUAUUGUAGGCAAUAUUGUGACUUGAUUGAAUAUGUUCAUUCCAAAAGCAUUUUCUGGUUAGUAUAUUUCUCACUCAGAAAGCCAAGUGGGCAAAGUUUUAUUUUUGUGGGCCGGUCUAAAAAUUCUAAGCUAUGAGGCGGGCCCGUAAAAUAUAAAAAUAAUCCAGGCCAGGUGACAACAAAACAAACUUAGUGAUAAUGGAAUGGAAAACAAAUGAGUACAUAAUGGCGUUCACUUACAGAAUUUAUUGUGUAAAGUGAAACUGUUUGAAUUCCCUCACAAUAAAACUUUAAAACCAACUUUUCCUUUGAAGGCAGCCGCCGCCAGUGUUCUCUAAUGACUCCAUCAAAUAUGUCACCCAUGUUA